CAAUGAUACAUUAUUUUAAAUUACAAACUGUUAUCGACACGUUGCAAAAUUAUUUUACUAUCACUACGAUAUGGAAAAUAAAAUAACUAUUUCAACCAAUACUUCUUUAAAAACGCUAGAUCGUAAAAUUAAUAAAUCGUGCAAUAUCUUAGCAUCUCCAAAAACAUUUACUGAUGAAUAUAUUAACAAGAAGAAUAUAACCUUCAAAAUAAACAAAUUACAUGAACUAAUUUCUGAUCCAAUAACUCGAGAAAAUAUGAUUCGGAUUGAUCGAUUGCUUAAUAGUUUUUUACGAGAUGUGAAUUUGAUUGUGGAACAUCGUGGAUAUGAAUUAAAAUAUCUCCCGUCUGUUACAGAGUUGUUACAAUUCUUAGCAUGGAAAGCAAAUGAUACACCAAAAUAUAAAAUACACUUAAAUAAUAUGAUAAAACUCUCCUCUUAUCCACUUUUACUUCAAAAAUCUUCAGAUAAUACAUCAUACUCUGACAUAUUAGACUAUUAUUUUACAGUAUUAGGAUAUUUAACUAUUUUACUACCACACGAAGACCAAAUUAUGAAUAUUCUUAAAGCUUUCAAUAAAUUAUUAGUUAGACCGACAUCUCUUGAUGUUUUCACAGUAAAACUAGAUGUUUGCCAUCGAUCUAUGGAAAAAUCACAAGUUUCAAUAAUUUUUGUCAAGCUGGUAGAAAUAAGUUCGUCGAAAAUAUAUAGGAAUGUUUUAGACACUGCACAGAUUAUUGUAUCAAUAUCUCAUAUUUUUUGUAAGCUUAUUUAAAAAUCUUUUGAAUACCUCAUAACGCGUCGCGUUAGGCGUGCCUCAUACCACUAUAACUGCUACAAAAUUUUUGUCUAAUUCACUCACUUUAAAUCUAUGUUACACUUCCAUCAGUACGUAUAGAAAUAAGAUAAAUGAUAUACCAGCGUGUAGACAAUUUAUUAAACUUUAAUUCAGUCUUAGUUCUAAAUGAGUUCAUCGAUUAAUUCAUUUUAAAAUAAAUACUUCAGUCGAAAAAACCUAUUACGUCAAUGACCUUGUAUGAAACUUCGUAAACACAACUUUGAAAAACACCAUUAAUUAACACGAUUCUUUUUUUGCUAUCUUGAUUUCGUUAAUAGUAAGAACCUUAUCGGAACUUUUGUUGUUUAGUUAUAAUUAAUAAAAAUUAAAAAUCUACUACUCAACAACAAAAAAUCCUGUUUUGUUACUGCCCUCUUUUUUCUCACAUCUAUUAUUACCAGGUAUGUUGAUCUAAUUGACUUGGGGUAUCAACUAAUGUGCAUUUAAUGUAUACGGAAAGAUUAGAACCGGAGUGGUUACUGUUCUGCACCCGACUCAGUACGGUUCUAGAAAAAAAUGAAAGAAAA